GUUUCCUCCGAGGCUGCCAUUUCGCCCUCGUUUGCUGCUGGGGCUCCUGAAGCCUUCAUGGACGAGGAAGGGGAGGAGGAAGACGACGAAGAAGAAGUCAACGGCAAAGUGCAGGCGGAGUUGGCCAAACCCUCUGACAAACCCUCUUCAGUUUCAGUCGUAGUAGCGAGCAAUGGCGACACCCAGGAAUCUGGUCCACUGCCACCGCGACCGCCUCAACAGAGUCGAUCUAAAGUAAGUUCCAAAAAUUCAGCAGGAAUUUCUUAUAUGCCACUGCCCCCGCCACGGUAG